UAGGAUACUUAGUCAAAACGUACGUACUUUGCUGUGAUUACAGGGUUUCUCUACAAUAUAACUAUAGGCACCUAUCCAAAUUAAGUAGGCCUGUAUUCAAAACACAUUUGUUUCAGUACAACUUGAUACUGUUAAUUUAAUUUUGUCGUACUGCGACAACGUUAAAAGUAAUUGAUUCCUUUUAAAGAUGUUGGCAAAACAUUAUUGAAUUAGAUUAUAGCAGGAAUGGUCACCAGCUUUCACUCAUUAAGAAAAGCUAAUUAAAACUGAAAUUAAUUUAAAAUAAAAUUUAAACUAAUUUUGAAAGCUAGCGCUGAACAUCUGUGGCCAAUUAGUCCCCCACGCACAAAUGAUUAUACUACAUAGUUUUUACUAUAAUGUACAGUAAUGUUGUUGUGACCCAAAUGUACAUAGUAUUGUAUUAGGAAAAUGUUAUUUAGAACAAUUAAGACAUAUAGUAAGUGUUAGAAUUUUUUGUGCAGACAGUAGGUGGACAUAGAUAUAUCUGAUAGUCACAUGUGUGACCAGACUGGUUAGACAGGUUUUUUAAAAUCUCUCUUCCUGCUUUUCCUUGGCUCAUAUUUGGAAAUAAAUUUUUUAAAAAAGAGUUUAAAAAUGUUUGCAGUCUAUGCAGACAUAAGGGAAAUAUUUCAAUGAUAUUAUCUUUUUAUUAUUGAGUGAUGGAUCUCGUGUUAUUCUCUGCCUUGUGCCAAUAGCUUACAGGAUAGACUCUAAGCCAGUACCCUGCAUAGAACAACCAAUGUGCCAAGCUGCGUAUGAGGAUGACAUCCGUAGAGUUGCUCUACUGAUGAAUGCAGAUCCCAGGAAUUUAAAUGUUCAGGACGACUUGUUUGGAGAUACACCCAUCAUAGCCGCCUGCAAGCGAGGAAAUGUCAUGACGGUCAAGUAUCUUCUUGAUCAAAAUGCAGAUGUGGAAAUACGAAACAAGAAGCAGAGGACAUGUUUGCACUAUGCUGCUCGGUACACAUUUUCUUUCUUGGAUUAUUUGAUAAUUGUAAUUCUGAUGCCCGUCAUACUGAUUGGAUACCUCAUAAUGAUGGAAAAGCGAAACAAGAAUGCGACUCUGAUGAAGCUGAUUUUAAACACAAAUGUAGACAUUAAUGGCGUAGAUUGCAAAGGAAACACUGGACUUCAUUAUGCCUGUCAGAGAAAAAGUGACCGCCUUAUUCCAUUGUUACUGCAGAAAAAUGCUGAUCCUUCAAUAAGAAACCAAGAUAAUGAGACUCCACUGGAUAUUGCCCAGAGACUGAAAUUUACAAAGAUUAUACAAAUGCUGAAAAAAUCGUAUUGAAUGACAAACUUGCUAUAAAUCAGUAAGUCUGCCCUAUCAAGCUGUCAUGAAAAAUUCACAUUUGCUGUGCGUGGACCACAGGGAGAACAUUCUUUCUGAUGUAAUCGUCGGUGGUUGCAUUACCAAACCAGCUUCGUUUGUGAUAUUUUGCUUGGCAUAUGUCUUGGAAAAAGGCUUGUAUCACUGUUCUAAAGUUUUAACACCAUUUUUUAGCCAACUGUUACACAUGUCCUGUUGCUAUCAGACAUCACAUUAUUUUGCAGUUUCCAUGCCUUUUAUAUUCAGUGAAAGCUUGAGAAUGAUCAACAGCUUAUUUCAAAUGUGUCAAAUAUGAAACUAUUUUUAUUUUUUUUUUAUCCCCAUGUGAUAUGCCUGUGACUGCGCCUAUUCCUUAUAGAUAUAAUGUUAUGUGCAGGUGUCAAAUGCAAAAAAGGGGUUUAUUUUCAACUUGUGGCCAAUGAAGUUAAAAAAUAAACCGAAACACUCAAGCCUUA